AUGCCCGUUGAAGACUCGGACGAGAAAUCACGAAACCCGAAUAUUUCUCUAUCGGCAUAUUCUGAGACUCGAGUGGCUCCCUCGCUCAUUAUGGCGACACGAAAGUGCCUGAGCCCGCUGAUAAAGGCACCAAAGUCAAUUGCCAACUCAAUCUGUCACCAAUGUCGACGAUCUUUCGUGACGACACCUGCUCAAAUGGCUGGUCACAACAAGUGGUCCAAGACAAAACACAUCAAAGCUGUAACUGAUAAGAAGAAGAUGACUGAGAGAUCUAAUUUCACUAAGACGAUUGCUAUGUAUUCAAGAAUGUAUGGAGAUGAUGUCAAAUUCAACCCUCAACUGGCCACUGCAAUAAGCGCUGCAACAAAAGCAAGUAUACCAAAGAACUUAAUCGAGGGUGCAAUUGCACGAGGUCAAGGUCGUUCAGCCACGGGCGCACAGUUAGAGUCUAUGUCUUUGGAGGUCCUUAUGCCCCCUGAUAUCGCGAUGGUCAUCGAUGCUGAGACAGACAACAAGACUCGGACUCUUCAUGACCUGCGCCUCGUGGUGAAAAAGGCCGGCGGAGUGGUUGGGUCAACAACCUUCUACUUUACAAGACGUGGUAGAGCCGUUUUCAAAGCCAAGGAGUGCGGGCCGUCACUCUCCGAUGUUCUGGACGAGGCGAUUGAGCACGAGGGGUUGGAAGAUGUCGAGGAACUGCCAGAGGGGGACUUCUUGGCUUGGACCCUGCCAAACACGUUGACAGCCAUCACCGAGGCCCUGUCCAAAAAGUUUGAGCUUGAGAUUCUCGACGCAGACAUUGUCUGGGCACCGAAUGAGGACACAAAAGUGAGCAUCGACACCACAGAGCAAGCUGAUACUCUCGACAUGCUCUUCAACGGACUCAAGGAAUAUCCUGAGGUCAGAGCCAUUUAUGCCAAUGUACGUCAGGGAGCUGUAGGGGAUGAAGAGUGGGACAAGGUUGAAAGAAACCUGGAUGUAUAA